CGUCACCAAAUCUUUGACAGCACUUCCUGGAAUGGUGUUUGUUGUGGGAAAUAAAUGCCGUGGUGCUGAACUGGGGGCUCAGGCUACAUUAACGUCAGAAGGACGGUACAGACUACUACACUAUCUCACCUCCAAGCAUGUGGUCACGGCAGUUUUCGAUCGGUAUCAGAUAAGUCAGAAGAAGGGGCGGCUGAGAGUGAGGAAGGACGAGGUGGAAAUAUUAUCGGACAGCCAGCAUAGCAAAGCAGAGCCGCCGACAGCACGGAGUUGUCGCGAUGUUGUAGCUAAACCAUGGACAGCAGAAUAAAGGAGAAUCCAGAAAGAACAUUUGAUCUCAUUGUACAGGUGGCAUGUCCAACAUCUGAAAAUGAGGAUCCAACCGUGCUGUGGAGCUUCCCCCAGGACCACACAGACCAGGAGGUCCUUCAGACGAUACCAAAGUUCUGCUUUCCCUUUGACGUGGAAAGGGUUUCCCAGAGUCAGGUGGGGCAGAAUUUCACCUUUGUGCUGACGGACAUUGACGGCAAACAGAGGUUUGGUUUCUGCCGACUCACUCAAGGCUGCCGGGUCUGCAUAUGUCUGCUCAGUUAUCUACCAUGGUUUGAAAUCUACUACAAGUUGCUAAAUACUCUGGCAGACUACCUAACAAAACAACAGGAAAAUGACUUGAAUGACAUGCUGAAUUCGCUCUAUGAUCUGCCUGUGCCAAAGCCCUUCACGCCAGUCAACCUGAGUGUGAAUGAGCAGUUGUAUAUUGCCACUGGGCAAGUACUGAGAGAUCGGCGAAGCAAGGAGCCGCACUCCUACUUCAUCGCCCCGGAUAUCAAUGGACUGCCAACUAUCCCUGAGAGCAGGAACCUGACAGAAUACUUUGUGGCUGUGGAUGUCAACAACAUGCUCCAGCUCUACGCCAGUAUGCUGCAUGAACGGCGCAUCAUCAUUACCUCAAGCAAGCUUAGCACUUUAACUGCAUGUGUCCAUGGUGCGGCUGCUGUGCUAUUCCCUAUGUACUGGCAGCACAUCUUCAUCCCUGUACUGCCCCCACAUCUUCUGGACUACUGCUGUGCCCCCAUGCCAUACUUUGUAGGAGUUCAUCUUAGUCUGCUGGAGAGAGUACGCAGUCGAUCACUAGAGGAUGUGGUCAUUCUCAAUGUGGACACCAACACCCUGGAGAGCCCCUUUGAUGACCUGCACAACCUGCCCAGUGACGUGGUGUCCUCUCUGAAGAGCAAGCUGAAGAAGCAGUCAACAGCAACAGGAAGUGGUGUGGCGAGGGCCUUCCUGAGAGCGCAGGCCGCUCUUUUUGGAUCCUACAGAGAUGCCCUCAGAUAUAAACCUGGGGAGCCAAUCACUUUCUGUGAGGAAAGCUUUGUGAACCAUCGCUCGAGCACCAUGAGGAACUUCCUGUCCAUGGCUGUCAAUCUGCAGCUCUUCAAACAGUUUAUCGACGGACGGCUGGCCAAAUUGAACGCAGGCCGCGGCUUCUCUGACGUGUUUGAAGAAGAGAUCACAGAGGGGGGCUUCUGUGGAAGUAAUUCAAGGUCUUACCAGCAAUGGAUGCACACUGUAAAGAGAGGAGGAGCUCUCUUCAACACAGCUGUGACAAAGGCCAAGAGUCAUGCCAAGAGGGGCAUCCGGGACAUUAAGGGCAAACUUAAAGCAAGGGAAGAAGAAGAAGAGGGGAUGAUGGUCUGUGCAGGGUCUCCCACCAGCACCAAGAGCCUGUCUCCAAGGAGACUGCAGAAGAUGAGACGGCAAAACUUCAACAAGUCUCCAAUGAGCAUGGGCCCUCGAGAGCUUGGCUACGGGCUAGAUGAUGAUGAGCUGGACAGUGCAAGCAAGAUCUCCUCAGAGGACAGCGGGGAUGUGCCUUCAUACAUCGGGGACAGCGAUGAUUCCUACUCACUAGAACUCGACAUCGACUCGUCCCGCUCAGGCCAGAUGAACCUGCUGGAGGAAAUCCUGGACUCUCUGAACACCACAACGUUGGAGCAAGGCAAACUCAGUGCUGCCAAGAGCCUGGACUUCUUCAGGUCCAUGGAAGAUUUAGACUACAAAGCCCCGAGCCAUCUUACACCUUCCAAUGAAUCUAAACCCACAGAUGAGAGUGGCAGUGGUGGAGGCGUGGAUCAGGGAGGCUGGAAUAUGGGCCAGGAUGACAGCGCUGUCCACGGAAAACACCUUCCCCCGUCCCCACGCAGACAGCCCAACAAGAGCAGCCUGAGAUUGUCAAAGAAACCUGUGACGGCUCCUGCGGUGUCCAGCACAGCUACACCCCUGGCCCAGGACACUGAUAUCUCCAAGUCUCAUCCUCAUCAACCCAACUCUGACCUUCACCUUCUACCUCUAGGACGACCAUCUCCCACUGUCUCUCACACCUACAGUUCUCCAGUACCCGUUUCUCACCCAAACUAUUCUCCAGUACCAGAAGUCCGGUCUCGGACCAUCUCAGACCCCCAAGCCAGCACGGAACCUCAUCAGGACCAGAACCAGACUUCCUCCACCAGCAUCCUGAGGAGGAAGGUGCUGUCCAAGGAGACAGUGAGGCACUACCAGGAAAAGGCCCUCCAGAGGCAGGGCAGCAAGGGCCACCAGGAGGGUCAGGGGAGCCUGUCAAGGAGCAGCCACUCAGCUAUGCAUGUCCCGUGGGAGAAAGAGGUGUCCAAGGAGGGGAUCCUGGGGCUCGGCCUGUGUCUGGGUCAGGGUAAAGGCUCAGGGGCGGCUGUGGUUCAGGAUCAAGGCCUCCUUGAGGAGAUUGAGUCCAUGUGUUGCCUCGGCUCAGUCCUCCAGACCAGCCUGCAGCUCUCACAGGUUCACUGCAACCACAGUCACCACCAGGUCCAGGGCAAAGCCACAGACGAGUCGUAGGGACGUCAAAGACUCUGUGUCUGUAAAAUGCCACGGGUUCUAUUGAAAUCUAUUCGCUGUAAUUCUUCUAUCACAAUUAGCCACAAUCUCAGAGAACAUGUUCGGUUCUGACCUUUUUUAUCUCAACACUCAGUUUUCAGGAAAAAUUAUGAACAAAUUUGAUGUCAUAACGGACAGGCACACAAACAGCGUCACAGCCUCUAGGGCAGGAAACAGGAAGGGAUGAAUUGUUGCACUGCAUAACUCUCCAUCUUUUAAAGAAAUAUUUGUAAAAUAGAGCCCUAAAAAAACAAGUGAAAAGUAGUAAGAGUGUAGUAAGAAUAUUUCAACUUGUUUCCAAUAAAUAUGAAUUUGUUUCAAGAAUUUUCUUGAAAUGAACGUCUGUAUCUUGAAGCAAAAAAUAAUUUUAAAAACAAGGUCUUCUUCAUUUUAUAAAACACUUGAAAUACAUUGAUUUGUAAUGGAAACAAGUCAAAAUAAUCUUACUACAGUGGCAGAAUUUUUUACUUCCAGUGUUAGAUAGUGAGUGAAUUGGAUACUCUGCUAAAGUGACAACAAGUUGUGAGUGUGUUAAGUUUGACUUUCUUAAAACACGUGCAUUAUCUUGUGAACUGAGAGAGCAGCACUUAAAAAACACAAACUGAGGCCAUAGUAUUGAGAUUUUCUUGUGUUUUUGAAGUGCCGCGAGAUUGAUAAGACGGAGGCUUUUGCAGUGUGUUUACUGCUCAUCAUAGUAUUUCUGUCUGUAAUCAUCUAAAUGUAUGGAUAAUGUGUUCAUCUUGUAACAUAUUUACCUGAAAAAUGACCCAUGAAUUACAUUUUGGGUAAAAUAUAAGUAGCCAACCGGUAAUGGAGGAAUUUUCCAUCUUCGCUUUAAGAAAUUUAGAAAAGACUCAGUAUGUUGUCAGGAUUAAGAAGGGAUGAUAUCUCCUCUACACACCAUUAUGUCAGUCUUUUACUCACAGUGUUCAUUUCACAUGGUCAAAUAAAAUUUGCACUUCUAGAUUAACAAAUUCUAUACUCAAUACUCAAUCUUCACUACUUGGUACUAAAAUCACUUGAGCAAAAACAAAAAAUUGAGACAGGAUUUUCCAGACACAAAGUCCGAUCACUCCUUUGAAACUAAUUACACUGUGUAAUUUUUUUUUUUAUCACCAUGCCUUAAAUGGACAUGUGAUUUGUUUUUGAUACUCUGGUGUCUUACUCUACAGACACCAUAACAGGUACUUUGUAAUCAGAAUCUCUGAUACUCUCAGACCUUAAAUGCAACAGUUAAUAGUUCUUAAACAGUACUGUAUGUGCUUUAAGCUGCUGUUUUUAAUUGCAUUCCAGAUAAUGAGAUGUGCAUGUAGAAACCUCUCUCUGUUUCUGUCCUCUUCCUAUGUUCCUCAGGACACUUCUGUCACUCUGAAGAGAAGGAAAUACAGUCAAAAGUUAAAGUGGCCAGUGUCAAUGCUCCAUGUCCUUCCUCUUUUUACACCAUCAUCAUCUUGCCCUCAUGUUGUCUCUCCUAAUUUUCUGCCUUUAAGUCCUUUCAGCACAUCUAACUUUCACUCUCAACCUUAACUAUGGUGGCCAGUUGUUGCAGAUCUAAUGUGGUUUGGAGUGGAUGUGGAAAAGGUGAACUUUAAAGCAUAAGGCUGGUGAUAUGUUGCAUUUUCUUAUUGUCAACAAAUCCUGCAAUGCGUUACUCCGUCUUUUUGCUUUCAGACAUUUCAGUUUUGAAAUGACGUUUUUAGUGAAUGUUGCUUAAACAGGAGUAAAUAGUGCAUUUGUUGGGGACUAUUUUCAGGCGCAGAUUGCCUUUUAGUAGGAUAAAUAAAUUUUUGGUUUUGGUCCUUUCAUAUUAUUUGUUCAUAUUAAGAAAAAUAUACAAUAUCACCAGACUUAUCACAUAACUCAGUCUUUGUCUUUUUUUCUGUCUGUCUCCCUUUCUUUGCUCACAGGAGGAAAUGCAAUCUCUGUCCUUGUAGGUUGGAGUCACACACUGUAAUGUAAUGCAGUGGUUGAUGAUUGUACUGUAAUGAAGCAAUACAGUUCUCCUCAGAGAGUAGCUACAUGGAUGUAAUGUGUACAGAGUCAAAAGUAUUUCUAUAACAGACUCUCCUGUGGAGAGAAACGCCGCGUCCAGAGAUUGUGGGUUCCCAUCAUUCUCUGCACCGCCACAAACCCAGAGAAAAGUAGAAAGCUUUUUCAUGUGCUUGUGUUGGGAUUAUUACAUUUAUGGUUCGUUGUUCUUAUGAUUUAUGCCAGACGCCAGUCGGUGUGGCAGUUUAAUAGCAGCUAUUUCUCCACUUUUUGAGUGCUGCUCUGCGUUAACGAUUUGCUCAUAAAGUCUUUGGCGUCCUUCUAAAUGCCCAGGAAUCAGUCCUAGUAAUUUCAAAAAGGAGGAAAAAAAACAGACUCCAGAACAAUCUCUGCACUGGCCUUAUUCAUUGUAAACACUUUAAAAAACGUAUUUACUAUGCAAAUACUUGUCAAAAUAGGUCAGUUUUCUUUAACAGUAAUUACAUUAUAAUGCACGAUUCUACUUGAAAAAUAAUCACAAUCAAAUUAGUUUAUAGUGGGAGUAAGCCUCAUGUGUCCCUAAAUAAAUAUAUAUAUCAAAAUCUAUUUAACUAUGUGUGAGCUGAGGUGUGUCUAUGAGUGUUAAUGACAGAAUGGUGUGUAUGGUGUGCCUUAUACAGUAGGAGUAACACCCAGUAUAAUCACAACAAGGUACAGUAUUAUAGAAAGGAGGUGUAUGCAAUGUUUUCAGACCACCUUAAAUCGUACAUAGAAAUUUAUGGUAUUUAUAUGAUAAACAGACACAAAACCUGUUUUGCUUCUUUGAAACUGACCUGAAAUGAACUUGGGUACUAGCAUUGUUUUUAUUGCUUUUUUUUUUUUUUUUUUUUUGAGUUUCGGCUGCAGUCCAGCUGGAGUUACUCAGUGUUUUUCUUUGCUGCGGUGGUCUGUGGGAAUCUUCCUGCCUGUAUUCAAGAGAAGAUCUCUGAAUUUCUCUGGGUUAUUUCACUUUUUGUAAAUUAGGUACUUGCUUUGGUUGUACUAAUCUGUGAUUACUUGUAUAGUUUGUGCUCUCUUUUGUUUUCUCUCUUUUUUCAAAAACCUUGAACAGUCAUUCUGAGCUAACUGUAUUAAAGAAUGUUUCUCAGAGGAGUUUCUCUAGUUGAUUUCAUAUUGAUGAAAACUUAUUUUCAACUGAAUAGAUGUGUAUUUUUGCUGGCUUGAGUUUAUUUUACAUGGAUAAUAUAUGAUUGGUGUUGUAUGUUAUAGAAAAAUGACACCUAAUAUUUGAAUGUUAGAUUUUAUUUUUGGAAGGAAAAAAUAGAGAGAAUAUUAACAAAUGUCCCAUGUAGCCAUUCAUCUUCAGAAGCAUUUGACACCUUCUAAUCAAAAUAAGCAGAGACUUGACGCUUGCUUGUACAUGGUACAGUGCUUAUUGUUUUAUCUGCAUGUAUGUACCUGUAUGUGUUGUAUGCUAUGAUUUAGUUUAGUUUAAUUUUACAGAUGUGGUAUAUUCUGAUGGUAUUAAUUAUUUCAGUAUUUAGCACUUCCAUCAAAUCGAGAAUGAUGGAAAUAACAUUGGGUCUCGUACAAUACACUCAUACUGCCUGGCAUUGGGCAUUGUUAAAUCUCAUCUGCGUUGCAUUUUAUGUAGAAGAAAACAUUUCUACUUUGGUUACUGUAAAUCUAAACCGUAGAGGUUUGUGGGAAGAAAUGCUUGAGCAGUCAGCUGCUGUUAAAGGUGAUAUGAAAAGCUUUAGUAACUCUGGUCCCAUUUACACUAAUGUUUUACAACAAUGAAGAAAUGAUUGUCAGGGGAUUUCAGUGCAGGCUUGUGAUAACUAAGGAAAUUCUCUUCUAACAAUAGAGUGUAAAGUAAUCAACAAAUGUAUAGUAAGUAUAAUUGUCCUGAAAUUACAAAUUUGGAGUGAGUGGGAGGUGACAGAUUAUGUAGCAGCAUAAUAUGGAGUGAGAACACAGGUUCAACUUUACAAAGUUAUUAACAUCACUUCCCCUUAACCACACAUUAAAAAAGUGUGUGUUUAGUAUAGCGACGACCUCGGACAAGUUACAGUAAGCUACUUUUUUUUGUUUUUGGUCUUUUUUUGGGGUAUUGUAAUGAUUAUUAACUCUUCAGUAUGCCAUUUACUGAUUUUCUGAUUCUGUGCGCACUUGCAUGUUCUCAUUGCAGAGAAAACAACUGUCUUAAACAACUGAGGUCAAUCUAAUGUGCUAUUCAUGAGUAACUUGGUACAACUGCACACAAUGUAUGCACUGUGAACUUAAAAUAAAUUAUACUGUUUCAUGCUUA